AAAAGUACAGCCUCAUCAGCAGAUUCUUUUACACAUUUCAAAUAGUGAAAUACUCUUUUUAUUGGAUAGGUGAACAAUUUUAAAUUGAUAAAGUGUGUGCGUGCAGUUGUAAUUUGUGAAAUAAUUUUGCAGGAAAAAAUGGAGGAAGAUGUAGAUCUAGAAGAUGAAUGCAUAGAAGAAACAAUGAAUAAAGAUGAAAAAUUCUGGGAAGAGGGUACCAAGCCAGAAUUCAAAGAUGGAAGAGAACUUGUCCAGUGGCUUGGAAGAAAACUGCGGUAUCUGGAGCCAUUUGCCCCAGAUGAUGCAGUGCAUUACUACUUCAGUAGAGAAUGGAGUAGGGUUCAAUUUCAACCCCAAUUAGAUCUGGUUGAGGAAUGCAUGGAAGAGACCAUUGUGAAAAAGAGCAUUAACGAGGAAGAAAUGGAAGAGAUCGUUAAAGACAAAGAAAAUAUCAGUAAAAAGGAGGGCAAGGAAGGGACCAGUAAAGAGGAUUGCAUGGAAGGGACAUUUAAUGUAGAAGGCAUAAAAGAGACGGAAGGCGUGGUCAUUAAGAAGGAAGACAUAAAGGAGACUAUUGAAGAGAGUCAGAGAAUAACACAGUAUGACCACGUGGAUGGAGAAAAUGACGAGGAGGAAAAUGAAAACCCUUACAUUAGACUGAUGACAAGUCCUUUAAUUCUGGAAGGACUUUUAUUAAAGAAUCAAGAAGACAACACCAAAAAAAGCAGCAAAGAAAGUAAAAUCCCGAGAGACGAGGUUGGAACAUUGAGUAAUUUUCUGUCAACCGAUAAGAAGCAGAACAGUUCCAAUCUUUUAAAACGGUGGUCUUGGCUUAACCCAUUUACUCCUAAGAAUAAGAAAAGAAAGGAACAGAAGAACCAGGAGAAAAAGACAAAGAAAGAGAGACGAGCCAUGUUGUUAUUUUUCCGAUUGUUUGGGAGAUAACUAGGAAAUCUCUUAUGCAAUUUCCACAAAACGAACGGCGAAAUAUGAUGUUAAUUAUGUAUCUUAGAGUAAAAAGUUGUUUUAAAUGUUUGAAGUAAUUAAUGCAUAAUAAACGA